UUUACUAUCAGAUGUUGCUCAUAAUAAUGCUGGAGUUAAGAAGUUUCCAUUCUUUUGCUCCAAACCAGAAGACUUUUUUCCAUGUAUGUAGAAUAAAAAUAAUGUUUAAAAACAACUGGCUGGCAUUUAAAACUGAAGAUUAUCAUGACUAAGUCCUAUACUGAAGUAAGAUUAAUUGUCUUGGAAAUACUAAAUUGGGGUAACCCAAAUCUACUUCUGGAACCAUGAAAAUUUUGCUGGUUUUUGACUUUGACAAUACAAUCAUAGAUGACAAUAGUGACACUUGGAUUGUACAAUGUGCUCCAGGCAGAAAGCUUCCUAUUGAACUCAAAGAUUCUUAUCAAAAAGGAUUUUGGACAGAAUUUAUGGGCAGAGUCUUUAAGUAUUUGGGAGAUAAAGGUGUAAGAGAAGAUGAAAUGAAAAGAGCAGUGACAUCAAUGCCUUUCACUCCAGGGAUGGUGGAACUUUUCAACUUUAUAAGAAAGACUAAGGAUAAAUUUGACUGUAUCAUUAUUUCAGAUUCAAAUUCAGUCUUUAUAGAUUGGGUUUUAGAAGCUGCCGAUUUUCAUGAUGUGUUUGAUAAAGUGUUUACAAACCCAGCAGCUUUUGAUGGCAAUGGUCAUCUCACUGUGGAAAAUUAUCAUGCUCAUUCUUGCAACAGAUGCCCAAAGAAUCUUUGCAAAAAUGUAGUUUUGGUAGAAUUUGUAGAUAAACAGUUACAACAGGGAGUGAAUUAUACACAAAUAGUUUAUAUAGGUGAUGGUGGAAAUGAUGUCUGUCCAGUGACCUUUUUAAAGAAGAAUGAUAUUGCCAUGCCACGGAAAGGAUAUACCUUACAGAAAACUCUUUCCAGAAUGUCUCAAAAUCUUGAGCGUAUGGAAUCUUCUAUUGUAGUGUGGUCCUCAGGUGUUGAAAUAAUUUCUCAUUUACAAUUCCUAAUAAAGGAGUGAUAUGCCA